UUUAAGUAAUUUAAAAAUGUAUUCAUUUAAAAUAUGCGUUGUGCUAUUGAUAAUGCUGCAUCCAGUUGUGCAGGCCCGAUAUGCCUGGUACGGGCCUGGGAACGGUUAUGCCUACUUCGUUAUUGACAUCAACCUGUCUUACGGCGAUGCUAAGUUGCAAUGUGGAUACUAUGGAGCCACUCUUGCUGUCCAUGCACCCAAGGAUAGGCGUAUUAUGAAAAUUCUUGAAGAGCAUUUGACAGUUUUAACCGAACAAGAUUACUGGAUUGGCCUCAAUGAUAUACAGAGGGAAGGUAGAUUUGUAUGGGAAGACGGCACACUACUCACAAAAAGUCAAGAGAACUGGUAUCCAACAGAACCUAACAACUAUGGGAGAGGCGAAGACUGUGUUGGCGGAAAUCAUGCGGGCAGUUUAAAGUGGAACGACUACCGUUGUUCAUACGGCAAAUUAUACGCACUCUGUGAACGAGCUCUGUGAGUAAAACAUCUGCUUGAAUAAAAAAAAGAUCAACAAAAAUUAAUUAAUUCAUUCACUCAAUUCGGCAAAAAUGCUCCUUUAAAAGUAUAAAUACCCAAACAGGUGUGCAAAUCGCUAAAUAUAUCUUGUUUUAAAAUGUAUAGUGGGAUAUUUAGAAUGAAAGAGAGACUAAUCUUUCCCCACUCUACCAUACGUUAAGGUGCUAUCAAUUAAUAACGUUAUAACAGUUCAGUUCUCGUUGUUUUUGUGGAUUCUUUUAAUACUCAAGUCUUCUGAAUAGAAUAGCAAAGUUAUUAUACAAAACAGCUUAUACGCAUGUGAUUAAAACAGAAGAAGGUUU